AUGGCGAACAACGAGGAAGAGUUACGCAAGAUCAUCACCGUCGCUAAGAUCAUGGACGAGAAGCUGAGCCCGUCGGAGAAGAGAAAGCUGAUGUCUUUGAUCGAAGACUUCGUUGAUAAGCGCAGAAUCAGUCACACGAAUUCAGCAAAUCUUUUCACCUUUUGUUGGCCGGAAAAGUUCAAAAAGAUGAAGAUCGAAAGACCCAACAAAACCAUCGUCUUCUUGGCGAGCCAAAGAUUCAUCAAACCAAGCCGAAUCAUCUUGCGGUUGGGGCUGACGUAG